AUGAAGGAGGUGGAGGGAAGGCAACUUUCCCUUUUUUUCUGUCACGUGCAGUGCGUCACAGCAGCCAGAACUUCCACUGAAACUCUUGCGGUUUGUUCAUCCACAAUAUCACAAGGAAAAUGCAGGAGUGUUAUCAAAAUAAGCUGCGUCACAGGAAUAAGUUCAUAUGUUAUAGCAUUUACGGCACUAGCAGCUGGAACCUCAUGGCCAGAUCUAGUUGCGAGCAAGAUAGCUGCCGAGCGUCAAGUCACUGCAGACUCUGCUAUAGCCAACAUCACUUGCAGUAAUUCAGUGAACAUAUAUGUUGGCAUUGGCGUCCCGUGGUUGAUCGACACAGUGUACAACUUCUUUGUCUACCAGGAACCACUGUACAAAGACAAUGCUGCUGGUCUGAGCUUCUCCCUUCUAGUCUUCUUUGCAACAUCAUUUGGCUGUAUCACUGUUUUGGUUCUCCGUCGCAUUGUACUUGGUGCCGAGCUUGGGGGCCCUAGGUUAUGGGCUUGGACUACAUCGGUGUACUUUAUGGCCCUUUGGGUUGUUUUUGUUGUGUUUUCCUCUCUUAGAGUUUCUGGAAUAAUAUAGGCUGAAAACACAGGUGGUCAAUUUUAUUUUUUAUUUUUAUUUUUUACUGUUUGUCUUCAUAUCCACACAGAAAACGUGGAGGUGAAAUUAGGGAUUAUAGUAUAGAUGUUUGAUAUGUGCAAUGAUUAUUUGAGCCAGAAAUAUGUUGUAUAGUUGCACAAUUGUUGAAUCUUAAUAGUUGUGGGUGAUCCUUGUAUAUAAUCAUACACGUGUAAUAUUAGGGCUUAUGAAAGUUGUACUAUAUUUGUCGAUUGCGGACAAUACAUUGGGCAUAUGCACCAAUGACUGUAAGGAGAAAAAAAAGAUUGAA